AUGAAGAUAUGUCUACGCUAUCUCGGUGACCCUGGAUAUCAACAAGGUAUUAGUCAGGAACGUGGUGUUAGUCAAGCAACGCUAUCUCGGACUGUGGAUAGAGUUGUGAAUAGCAUAGUUGCACAGUCGAACGAAUGGAUCAAGUUUCCAACUACCAACCAUGAACUGAUGGAGGCCAAGCGGAUAUGGCAAGGAUGUAUAAAUUUCCGACAGCAAUUGGUGUAA